UCUACUAAAUAUAAGAGAGUUACUAGAAGUAUUCUAGCUUUAAAACUCUAUAGUAUAGCUUAUGGCUUUAAUAUAGGCAUUUUAGUUAAAUCUAUAAUUAAUAAAAUACUAGAAAUAGAACUAUUACUAGUAGUUUAUAUGAAUUCGAAGUUAUUAUAUAAAUGCCUUAUUAAAUUAGGAACUACUCGAGAAAAGCAUCUAAUAAUUAAUAUAAUAUACCUUUACUAGGUAUAUAAAUAAUAAGAGAUUAUAGAAGUUAAAUAGAUUAAGAGAGAAU